UUAAUUAGCCCCUCGAUCAAUUGGAAGCAAAGGCGGUGGGUUGAGGUAGAAGGAGAUGGAGAUGAACACGACGGCGAGGAGCGCCGGAACGAUCGGCGGCGCUGGUCCAAGGCCAUCGCCUCCUCUCUUGUGCUGGAGGUGGAAGUGGCCAUGGGAUCCCAAUCCACCAAACCUUUCUCCUUGCGGCAACCUAGACGCUCCAUGGCUAUUCAAGUCCCUCCAUACCCUCUCCUCGUUCGCCCAAAAUCUUAUUCACCAAACUCAAACCUCCUUGACCUCCUCGACAGCUCCUAUUCCUGUAAGACCUGCAGCCUCUCGCGCAUGGAAUGAGCAAGGGGAGGCCGAGCACCGUGCCUUGGCCUUGGCGCUGGCGAGUGGGAAGGAAGCGACCGUGCUCGAGUUCUACUCCCCAAAGUGCCGCCUUUGCAACUCCCUUCUCGAUCUCGUACUCCGGAUUGAAGAGAAGAACUCAGACUGGGUGAGCUUCGUCCUAGCCGACGCGGAGAACGAGAUGUGGCUCCCUGAGCUCCUACAUUAUGACAUCAAAUAUGUUCCUUGCUUUGUUCUCCUGGAUAAGCAUGGACGAGCAUUAGCUAAGACAGGAGUUCCUACCAGCCGAUUACAUGUCAUAGCAGGUCUUUCACAUCUCUUAAAGAUGAAGAGGCCAAACCGAAAGAACGAAAAGAAGACACCUUAAAGAUGUCUGAAGCACUUUCUUAAUAGAGUAUGCUACGAGACAUCAUCUUUUGUUCCUUUUUUUAUAUUAAUUUUCAUAGUGGUGUUUGAACUGUUAUUUAUUUUUAUGAUUUUGGAUGUCAAUUUUUUUUCUUUUGUAGUUUAAGUGUUUAAUGACGACAACAUCAGUGAACUUCCUAAUGAAUUUUUUGCCUACAUUAUACUACCAAUGGUUGUUGGGUAUGGUUGAUUUAAAUCAGUCCACGUGUUUUUUUUUCUAGUUCAUUAUUGUUUAUUUUUAGGAGUUAAUUACGGGGAUACUUUAUUAAAAUGUAGUCCCAUUUGGAGUGGCUGAGUUUCUAGAUUGCACAAUUGAUAUUCUUUUGGUUUUGUUAUCUCUUUCGAAGGUAAAAGACAUAGAAAACAGGAAAGGCGUAGGUGUAAAAAAAUAAAUUUUUACAUACAUUAUUUGUAGGUAUAUUAUGUUGCCAAUGCAACAAUAACAAUGUCUAACUAAUAGAAUUUUUACUUAUUCUAACAAUUGACUUAUCCUAAUAAUAAUAAUUGUAGUAGUCGUAAUCAUGUUGGAUAAUUCCCUUUUAAUAUGCUUUGAGUGUAGUGUGCAUCAGCAUAGUGGUUUAGGGUUUUUAUGAAUCUGAUUUCAGGAAUCAAUCACCAAGUAGCGUUGUGUCCUUAGUUCUGAGUGUAAUGUUGAGAUUAGUAUGGAAGCACCAUGCGCAUUUUUAUCACUAAGGAAGUUCAAGUAUAUCUUGUAUUCACUUUUUUUUUAAAGAAAAGAUAAUGUUUGGAGUGGUAGACACAUACAAAUGCCAUUCUUGUUUUCCUCGUUUUUUUUUUCUAACAGGAUAUCUGAAGGAAGCAGAAGAUUAGCUGCAGAAUAACUCUUACGGAGCUGAGGAUUUACUUUCAGUUGUUGAAUGACCAAAAAUAGCAUGGCAGAAAGAGUAGCUGCAUGACUCUUGUGGAGAUCAGAAUCCAGAGUCAGGUGCUGAAUCCAUGAUAUUGUUCACUUCAAAGGGGUGCCUAAUCUCAAUCACGUCUGAAGCUUAACUAUAGUUAGUGCUUUUCUUAUAGUACGUAUAGUUGUGUCAAUACCAGUGUACUUAUUGUCUUUUGGUGAACAACAAAGUUGAAUGUAUUAUGUCUCCCUAUCACUUCAAAUGUUCUCAUGUACAGUGAAUAUUGUAAAUUAAAAUUAUAUUAAUUCUCAGAUGGUUAGUUCUAAUUCA